UUCUCCUGAGCUUCGCACCUCACUCCCCAGUCUCCAGUGUCACAUUUUCUUCAAUACCCCCCAAAAGCCACUCCGAGCGAGCAUCUUCCGCCGCAGCAAAAUGGGCACCGCUGGAGAAGCAGAGUGUGCCUUGGAAAUGGAAGCGAUGCGCAAGGAGGACUCGUCUUGGCACCCUUGCGGGGUCUCUUUCUGCUCUGCUGAAGGUGGUCUUCUUAUAGAGUUUGGAAGCCAAGACUUGGAAGAUAUGCUAUUGUACGAUGAGGAAGCUCUUACCUGUCUCCGCUUUCGUUCUACUCCUCUUCUAGGUGAUGACUGCACCCAUAUCAAAGAAGGAGAGCGUGUUCUUGCCACCCAUAAAUCGCAGUUUAAGAGUAACUUCUAUGAUGCCAAGGUUGAAAAGGUAGUCAGCGUAAGACACUCAAAGAGGGUCCAUUGUAGAUGCACUUUCACAAUCAAAUGGCUUCACCAAGAUCUGGAAGGGGAAACCCUCACUGUGCCAUCUAGUUCAAUCAUGAAACUAGCAACUAAAAGCAUCAACGUCCAUCCAGCUGUUGCCGUGUUCUUGAAAUCAGUAAAACAGAUGCGUUCAUCCUGUGCAUCUCCUUCUCCAACUGUACUUGAAGAAACCGAUGGUGAAAUGGACCUUAAUUACUUACUGGAAAAGCAAAUAGAAGAGAUCAGCAGCUCAGCUAAUGCAUCCAAGGAGGGAAUUUCAGAAGACAUUUUAUUAGGUGUUAAUGUUGAUAACAAGGAACAUAGACAAUGGAACACUGUCACAGUAUCCAAAGUAAGCAUUUCACGUGCUCAAGUUCCUCAUGAUUGGAAUCGGUUGAAUAGGUCAAUACAGAAGUCAAGAGAAAUGCAAAUAGAGUUGCAAGUUGAGGGUCAACCACCAGCUGCUCUUUCCAUCCCAGAAGAGCUUCCCGAAAACAGGUCCCAUCUCAGUCCUCUUGCUGCUCGUGCAGCUCUGGCCUCAUUAAUGUCUACUAAUCACGGACGUAUUACAAUGGAUGGGACUAAAAUGUUCAUUUCCUCUGUCUUUAGUAACAUGCCUACGAAGGAUAAAGUUCCCUCAGAGAUAUCAGAUGCUUCCAUUCCAGUAAUUUCAGACGCUGAUGAGAUGGUAAUUCCGCUGAUCUCAACUGAAAGUAAGCCUCAACUUGUGGACUUAUCUUCUGGAAUAAUAACCAAGGGCAAUAAAAAAGGCAAUAGAGUCUCAAAAAUCACUAAUUCUGAAGUAACUUUAAAAUGUUUGACAAGAGAGAGGAAUGUGAGCCAACCUAAUAAAGCUGCUAGAAUAACUCGCUCAGCAGUUCGAGAAGGUACUGCAAUUCAAAAUGACAAUGUUCAAACACAGACUUGUUCUGAAGACAUGAAGUUAAGGGAUACAACCAACAAGAGAAGGCUGACCCAUUCAGCAAUUAAUGAAGAAAGGGAAAAUUUAGUUAUGGAAGUUAAACAAGCUUUGGAAGCUAAGAAGUCAAGUCGUAAUACAGAAUCAGAUUCCCUAGAAAGAAGUUUAUCUGUUCCAAGCAAUGUGUCUAAAAAGAGCAGUGAUGUAUCAACAGAGAAGAAAGCAGUAUCUUCACCGGUAACCAACAACAGAAGGCUGACACGUUCAGCAGUUAAUGAAGAAAGGAAAAAUUUAGUUAUGGAAGUGAAACAAGCUUUGGAAGCUAAGAAGUCAAGUCGUAUUACAGAGUCUGAUUCCCCAGAAGGAAGUUUAUCUGUUCCUGGGAGCAAUGUGUCUAAAAAGAGCAGCGGUGUAUCAACAGAGAAGAAAACAAUAUCUUCACCAGUAACCAACAACAGAACGCUGACCCGUUCAGCAGUUAAUGAAGAAAGGGAAAAUUUAGUUAUGGAAGCUAAACAAGCUUUGGAAGCUAAGAAAUCAAGUCGUAUUACAGGGUCAAAUUCCCCAGAAGGAAGUUUAUCUGUUCCCGGGAGCAAUGUGUCUAAAAAGAGCAGUGGUGUAUCAACAGAGAAGAAAGCAAUAUCUUCACCGGUAACCAACAAUAGAAGGCUGGCCCGUUCAGCAGUUAGUGAAGAAAGGGAAAAUUUAAUUAUGGAAGCUAAGCAAUCAAGUCGUAUUACAGGGUCCAAUUCCACAGAAGGAAGUUUUUCUGUUCCAGGGAACUAUGUGUCUAAAAAGAGCAGCAGUGCAUCAACAGAGAAGAAAGCAAUAUCUUCACUGGUAACCAACAUCAAAAGGCUGACCCGUUCAACAGUUAAUGAAGAAAGGGAAAAUUUAGUUAUAGAAGUUAAACAAGCUUUGGAAGCUAAGAAGUCAAGUUGUAUUACAGAGUCAGAUACCCUUGAAGGAAGUUUUUUUGUUCCAUGGAGCACUGUGUCUAAAAAGACCAGCACUUUAUCAAGAGAGAAGAAAGCAAUAUCUUCACCGGUUGAUGCUGAGAUUAGCAUCCCGAUUGAGGAAAGAAAUAAAAAGCAGAUGCCCUGUGCUGUCAAAACCACUCAGCAAAGUGAAGGUUAUGUAAAUGAACUCAAAAUGUUGUCUAUUAGGAUUUUUAUUUCAUGUCCAACUAUGAUAAUUAUGUUUAUUAGCCAGCCUGAUCCCAAUUGCUACGCAACUGAUGUGCAAAUUUUUCUUUAUGUUUCUCAUGGUUGCAAAUAUUUCUCCAUGCUGACCAUCUGCAAAUUUAUUCUCUUUACUUACAUUUACAUUCUGGGCUUCCAUCACCUUUUAGUGUCUUCAAGAUCUACCUACGAAUCUUUUUAGUGCCAUCAUUAGGUUUCUUUCCACAGAUUACUCCUAGACAAAUCUCUGUUUCAACAAUUGCUUUAAGCCACUCUUUGUCUCCUUUGAGGCUUAACGAUGUCUUUUUUCAUUCUCUCCCUUUUUUUUUUCUUUCUUUUUUCUUUCCUGCUCUUUAUCGACUGUGACAGAAAGCUCUGAAUUUUACAAACCAAUUAUACCAAUUUCUAACUAGAUGUAUGCAACCCAAUGUUUGUUGUGGAUGGAAUUAUAAGUCAAUGAUGUUUUGAUACAAAUAAUUCCUAUAUUAUUUGCAAAACUAUUGAUUUUGAAUAAGAAUGUUCUUGGCUGGCAGGUCUUGCUUCUCCAGCAUGCAUUUUUCCUCAUCCCGGCAUCCCAAGUCAAAUCUUGAAUGUUUGACUGCUUAUUUUUCUAAUCUUCUAAUAGCAUUUUGUUGUUACCGGUAGCUUCCAAAAUCGUUAUUGCCAGCCUGUCAUGAAUCUGAUUAAUUUCUAUGUUUUACAUUUCCCUUGCAGUGAUUUUAUGUUGGUCUUUGCUAUAUGUUUUGCUACUAGUUUUCUUUCUAUGUUGUUGAUUCAAGCUUGAGAAGUAGUUGGCUUCAUGUAUGAUACUGGUUCUCAUGAUUUAUGAUGGUUUCUUUAUAGCGCUAAUUAUAGAAAAUUCAACAAUCUGGGCUUAACCUUGAUUAAAAAGUAUCCUGAAAAAGGCCUAGCCAUUUGGCCCAUUUCCUUGUAACACCUGGCGGGCUAGAAAACUGGUAAAAUGUCCAAAAGAAGUAAAUAAGGGUGGGAUGAUUUUGCACGCCUGAUUGUGCCAAUGCAAAGAGGUGCCACCAAACCAUGGGUCACAUACCCAUUUUGUUGACUAUAUACCGGUGCAUUUAUUUAAGGUUAUAUUUUUGGAUAGGUAUGACAGCCUUGCCUACCAGCAAGGCUCGCUGAGUCUCCAUGGGAUCCACUGCCACCGGGAGUUUCCGCCCAGGCUGGUGAAAUCUAAAUGCUUGUGCAACUUAGGAACAGCUUUUAGCAGCUACACUAAUUGAUAAUAUUUCUUUCUUUUAGAAUAUCUUUGUUUUAAGCUUAGCAACGAUUUCAUGUGUAGUAUAAUAUUGCAGGCAAAGUUUCAGGCAGUAGUCAAGACCGGAAGCGGAAAUCAACUUUUUCCAAGAAGCAAGAGCAGCGGUUUUCUCCCAGGCUAAAGUUUCUUCC